AUGCUCUCAUUGGCGUAUUAUUGCUCCGGCCACGACCGGGAACGCCCUACUAUCCAUAUAAUAUCAUCCGCACCCAUGCAUGUCUUUGCUGACAGUAUUGCUCUCGGGGCUUCGUACCGCAACGCAGACAUAGAUCCUGUAAUCGUCCAACCCUUGGCGUACAGAGUGGAUCGGCAGAAGAGUAUCGAUGUGCUCAAAGCAUUCAUGGACGAGAAGGACAGAAAGGUCGAACAGGAAGUACAAUGGCUUCAGGCGAACCGCAUAGACUGCGUCCUAAGUGACGCUGCCUUCCUCGGCUGCCUUGCAGCCAACGCGGCUUGUAUCCCCUCCGUGCUCAUCACGAAUUUCACGUUCGACUCUGUCUACAGCUUCCUGUCCACGUCCAUCCGCGAGCUCCCAAACACUCACUUUGCCAAUGCCCCCACUCUGCACGCACCUAGCACAAUCUGCGAGUCUGACCAAGGCGUACAGGAUGACCCACUCCCCGAGGAAGUCCUCGCUCCCCUCGUGUCCCAGAUACGAGAAGGAUACAGAUGUGCCGAUCUCCUAUUUCUGCUGCCAGGAAAGAUACCUAUCCCAUCCUUCUUCGUGGAGCCUAGUUUACCCUCGACCAAAUGGGUUGAUCCUCAUACCCGUGCCUUCUACCCGGAGAUAGUUCAGAAUCUGUCGUCCAUAGACAAGAGCCCUCUCCUCCCUUCCAUACCGUUCACUCCUCGCAAUCAAACCCGAGAAGAUAGACCAGCCGCCAGUCCAAAGCCCCUCCAUCGAUCCAUCCGCCAAGCUCCCCUUCUCGUACGAGCGGCAGGACGUGCGAUAUACAACGAAGCCGGCCGACGCGAGCUCCUCACGUCAAUCGGGAUUCCCUCACAUCUCCACGAUCCAGAACAGACAAAGAUCGUAAUCGUCUCUUUCGGCGGCCAGCACUUCAAGAAGCCGCGCAGUCGCACACCCAGCCAAGCCAGCACACCCGCACACAGCCGGCGCACGUCCGAGUUCAAUAUCACGCAGCUCCCCAAGGCGCAUCCACCGCCGGUCCCUCUCCAUGCGGUAAACCUGCAACUGCAGAAUCUACAGCUCAAGGAGGGCAGGGAAGGAGCCAAGGCGAGGAAGCGGAACAACAGAAAGGAUGAAGACACGCCCCCGCUUGCAACACCGUCGCAUAUCCACAUUCCGGGCGCCCCGCCAGUGAAUAAGCCACUCAAUUCCCCGCCGGCUAUGAAGUCCCCGCCCAUAUUCCAAGCAGUUACGAUCCCACCCACUCCCCCGGCGCUGAGCAGGGAACAAAGUAAGGACCCAUACAUGAAUGGCAAUGGCGACAGCACUGGGAACGGGUUCCAUGAGGAGCACCUCGUAGAUCCUGACCAGCUGCCGAAGCUACUGCCCGACGAAUCAUGGGUAGCGAUAGUGUGUGGCGUCUCGUCGCAAUGGGCGAAGGAGGAUGGGGAAGAGCUUCCGCCUGGCUUCUACGUCGCUCCUAGAGACGUCUAUAUGCCGGAUUUGAUGGCGGUUGCGGACGUCCUGCUCGGGAAGCUGGGUUACGGGGCUGUCUCUGAGGCUGUGGAGUCUUGCACUCCCUUUGUCUACGAAAGUGGCAUCGGCGUAGAAUUGUCUGGCGCAUCCUAUGAAGAGGGAGAUUGGGCCACCACACUAGAGGAAGCCUGGUUGAAAGCAAGAGUACAAGAGACCGAAUGGAAGACUGUGACAAUAUGGCUCGGGAACUAA